UCCGUCGGUAGUGAGGUCGGCGAUUCCCCAUAUCUCAAACCCUCCAUCUCUCACCACCUGACCGCUAAAUCGCAGGGUCGCCAUCGCGCGAUUUCAAGGAAAGCAACCACUCGAAUUUGAUAUCUCCGUCCGAUCUCGGUCUCUGCUCCGAGUCGAAGUUCGUUCUCUGUCGGUUUGAAAAGUUUUCUGGCUUCGAUUUUACGCGGGAUCAUCCGAUCCCUCUACAUUUCUUCGGCCUAUUUGGAUCUUGAUGCCUUAUUUGGGUGCUGCUGUGGCUUGUGGAACAGAAUCUUGAUCUGCCGACUUAGAUUUGGGUAGUGCGAGUUGAACUAAUUGGGUAAUGCGAGUUGAACUAAUUGGGUAAUGCGAGUUGAACUAACUCCAUUUUGAGUUGGAAUUGGUUGCAGAGUGGGUCGAUAAAUGGAAACUUGGAAUAUGGAAUUAAGGUAGGAAGGGAUUUGUAUAUAGCUAGCGCAGAAUGGCGUGGUUGGGGAAGGUGUCCUUGGGCGGUUUCCCGGAUCUGGCCGGGGCCGUCUCCAAACUGAGCGAGAGCGUCAAGAACAUUGAGAAAAACUUCGAUAGUGCGCUCGGGUUCGAAGAGAAUCAAAAUUCUAGUGACGAAGGUCCUGCAAAAUGGACAUCAGCAUCAGAUAAUAAAGGAAUUUUUGAACCUAUGAUGACGUUCAUGGGUCACAAAGGACAGGAAAGUGCUUCUGAAGCAUCACUAAAAGCUGAAUUUUUAUCACACACUUCAUCUGCUGAGGAAUAUGAACAAAUUUCAGCUGCAGGAUCACCAGUAUCCACGGUUGAAACAACUACUGAAAAGCAAACCAAAGAUUUUAUUAGUCAUGCUAAUGGCACUGGUUCUAAUAUUGCCAGUACUAUGGUCGACAAACCUGGAGAAGUUGAUUGGAACGAAGUUAUGGUUGGAUCAAAUUGUUUAAAAGCUGAAACAGAGACUUACUUGUCUGGAAGCAAGGAACAACCAUAUUCAUUUUCUUUGUCCCAACAUAAAACAGAUGCAGAUGGAGGAACCAAUGAUAAAGCGCAACCAAGGGAUUCCCUUCUGCAAAUUGCAGAUGGUGAAGAAUCUAAUGUUGCUAGUUUUCUCUGUGUAGCUGAAGAGUUGCAUCAGGCAAGUGAUUUACAGGGAAGCAAUGUCAAAAAUGAGACAGAAGCUGUGCAGAUUGUUGAUGAAGGAUCUCCUACGCAGUCUAAUAUUGUAGUUAGUGUCCAAGAAGACCUUGAGAUAGACACUUCAGUUGAAAUACCUGUUAGUGUAAUGAAAUAUGAUCAUGCCAAUGAACUAUCCGAUCAUAGUGAUCUGAAUCCAAUCAGUACUGAGCAGCAUCAAGGAACAUCUUCUGAAUCAGUUACACAUGAUACUGAUGUAUCUCCUAAGUCUAUGGAAGUGAGCUCCAAAGCAAUGGAUGUUGAAGCUGAGGAUGACAAAUCUUCGUUUGGUGCAUCAAAUAAUAAAUCAAAUUCAACGGAUCCUAUUGUUGAAGUAGAGAAGGUGAAACGGGAAAUGAAAAUUAUGGAAGCUGCAUUACAAGGUGCUGCUAGGCAAGCCCAGGCUAAAGCUGAUGAAAUUGCUAAAUUGAUGAAUGAGAACGAACGGUUGAAGUCUAUUAUUGAGGAUCUAAAGAGGAAAUCAUCAGAAGCUGAAAUAGAUGCAUUACGAGAGGAAUACCACCAAAAGUUGUCAUCUCUUGAAAGAAAGGUUUAUGCACUCACUAGAGAAAGGGAUACAUUAAGGAGAGAACAAAACAAAAAAAAUGAUGCAUCUGCUCUUUUGAAAGAAAAAGAUGAGAUAAUCAGUCAAGUUAUGGCUGAAGGUGAAGAGUUAUCAAAAAAGCAGGCUGCUCAGGAAGCAACUAUCAGGAAACUAAGGGCACAGAUACGAGAGCUUGAAGAAGAAAAGCAAAGACUGAACUCAAAGCUUCAGGUUGAGGAUACGAAGGUAGAAAGUAUUAAAAGAGACAAGGCAGCUACUGAAAAGUUGCUGCAGGAAACCAUAGAAAGAAAUCAAGCAGAACUUGCUGCUCAGAAGGAACUUUAUACCAAAGCACUUAAUGAAGCCAAGGAGGCUGAAGCAUUGGCAGAGGCACGAGCUAACACUGAAGCCAGUGUUGAAGUUGAGAGCCGCCUGAGGGAAGCAGUUGAACGUGAAACUAUGUUGGUUCAGACACUUGAGGAGUUGAGGCAGAGUCUGACUAGAACAGAGCAACAGGCAGUUUCUAGAGAAGAAAUACUGCGAAGGGAUAUAGAGGAUCUUCAAAAACGGUAUCAAGCAAGUGAGUUACGCUACACUGAGUUGAUCACACAAGUUCCUGAGUCAACUCAGCCACUGCUGAGGCAAAUUGAAGCAAUGCAGGAAACAGCCACUAGAAGAGCGGAAGCCUGGGCUGGUGUAGAAAGAGUUCUAAAUUCCCGCCUGAUGGAGGCAGAAGCCAAAGCAGCUGCUGCAGAGGAAAAGGAGCGAGCCCUGAAUGAGCGGCUAUCACAAAAUCUAUCUCGAAUUACUGUUCUUGAAACUCAGAUUUCAUGUAUCAGAGCAGAACAAACACAACUGAGCAGAUCACUUGAAAAGGAAAGGCAGAGAGCAUCUGAAAGCAGACAAGAAUAUCUAGCAGCAAUGGAGGAAGCUGCCACUCAAGAGGGCCGGGCCAAGCAGCUUGAAGAUGAAAUCAAGGAGAUUAGGAGUAAACACAGAAAGGAGUUGCAAGAUGAAGUGGUUCAUAGAGAACUUCUGGAAAAGGAGCUUGAAAGGCUAAGAACUGCCAAAACAGAAUUGCAAAAACCAAUUUCUCGUGAAACUCCUCCAGUUGCAAAUCAAGAUCAAACCAAAAAUCUACCCAUUAGGAAGCUUUCAAGUGCUGGGAGUUUGAGUAGCAUGGACGAAAGCGUUUUCUUGCAUACAUCUUUGGACUCGUCCGAUAGUUUUCCAUUGGAGAGGAGACCAUCUGCAGAAGGAAACAUUUCUCCAUAUUUUUUGAAGAGCAUGACACAAAGUGUAUAUGAAGUAGCACUACGUCAAAAGGAUGGUGAACUCGCAUCAUACAUGUCACGCUUGGCUUCAUUGGAAUCUGUUCGUAAUUCUCUUGCUGAGGAACUAGUCAAAAUGACAGAGCAGUGCGAAAAGCUGCGAGCAGAAGCAGGAGUUUUACCUGGAUUACGAGCAGAGCUAGAAGCCCUAAGGCGAAGACACUCUGCAGCACUGGAACUUAUGGGUGAACAUGAUGAAGAGUUGGAGGAACUACGAGCUGAUAUCAUCGACCUGAAGGAAAUGUACCGAGAGCAGGUCGAUUUGCUUGUGAACAGGAUCCAAACGAUGACUUUAUCAGCUGGUGCAACUUAGAUAUAUACAAGAAAUUCUUGUGCUGAUGAAUGAUGCAAAGGCCAUGUUACAAAUCCAUAAUUUUGGUCUGCCUCGAAGGUUUUUUUUUUUUUAAGUGUUGGUGGUCUGUUCUUUGUAUUUGCUUUAGAGCUGUAUACAUAUUCAACACAGAUAGGGAACUUGGAUACAAUUAAGAAACCUACGACAUGCUUUGUUGUAUAUUUUGAAGGAAAAUAAAACCAAGUUAUGUUGUUUUGUUUGUGUA